UAUCAACUUGUACAAGCACCAUCAAUUUUGUAGGAGAUUUAUGCUCCAAAUUAAAAGGCAAAGCAUGCGAGUCUGAUGGGUCAUGCUUCUUCUUCUUCUUAUUCUCUUCUCCUAUAUAUUCUCAUCGAUGAUCGGCCUCGGAUUCCCACCACUCUCUCUCCCAUUUUUUCUCAGCCAUGUUUGUUUUUGUAGCUGGUUCUUCCAGGAUUUUUCUUUUGUUUUAGUUGGACUGCUGAGAUGUGCAAGCACCUUCUAUAAAAACACUGCAACGCAAACACAUUAGGUCAGUUUUGAACAAAAAAGAAGCGAAGUCCGAAAGUUUAGACUCGAAAAGAGUAAAAAAAAGCAGAUGGGUUUCUGGACGCUGUUGGAGGUGGCUUGCAUGCCAAUUUUCCAAGUUCUCAUAAUCAGUGUGUUGGGAGCUUUGAUGGCAACUGAGCACUGGAAUCUUCUUCCAUCGGGCGCCCGAAGGUCCAUGAACAAGGUUGUGUUUGUGGUGUUCACUCCCUCACUGGUGUUUGCAAAUGUGGCCAAGACUAUUACAUUUGAAGACAUUGUUUCAUGGUGGUUUAUGAUUGUCAACGUCGCGCUUACCUUUGUAGUUGGAGGGAUUCUUGGAUGGAUUGUGGUAAAGAUUUUUAAACCAAAACCUUACCAGGAAGGUGUGAUAAUUGCUGCAGUCUCAUCAGCAAACUUGGGAAACCUUCCCCUCAUACUUGUCCCUGCAAUCUGCAAUGAGGACGGAAACCCCUUUGGCGAUCAUAGUGUUUGUAGGACGAUUGGACUCUCAUACGUAUCUUUUUCCAUGGCGCUUGGUGGUUUCUUCAUUUGGACCUACACUUACCAGCUGAUUCGAACUUCAUCUAUUAGAUGGAAAGUGCUUCAAGCAGCCGAGGAAGCUCAGGAGGCCGCAAAGUGGCCCAACACAGAUUUGGAUGCUAACGGGGAUACUCACCUUCUCAAAGGAGAAGAUGAAGAGCAGGGUGCUAUUGUAGCGUCUGAAACUUCUGUAAACCAAGCUAUAGUAGCCCCUGAUGAAUCAAACGUACCAUUCAGCCAUAAAGUAUUAGCAUUCGUUCACCAGAUUUUGCACGAGUUACUGGCACCACCAACACUUGCUGCGGUUGUGGGAUUUGUCGUUGGGGCAAUUCCAUUUCUUAAGAAAAUAAUAAUUGGUGACGACGCCCCUCUACGUGCGAUCGAAGACUCUAUUACACAACUCGGGAACGGUACAAUCCCUUGCAUCACACUCAUUCUUGGAGGCAAUCUGAUCCAAGGCUUACGCAAAUCAACGAUCAAAGUGCCUGCCCUCCUCGGAGUGCUUGUUGCCAAAUACGUAGUAAUGCCUGCAAUCGGUAUUCUCAUUGUAAGAGCAGCAGACAAACUAGGGUUUCUCCCAUCAGACCCCUUGUUCCACUUUGUGCUGAUGAUUCAGUUUACCCUGCCGCCUGCCAUGAAUAUCGGUACGAUGACACAGCUGUUUGAUGUGGCUGAGGCAGAGUGCUCAGUGUUAUUCCUGUGGACGUACUUGGUUGCAGCCUUGGCACUUACCAUUUGGUCAACAAUCUUCAUGUGGAUCUUGUCUUGAACUUCCUUGAGCAGCAAGCAAUCCCUUGGGUUAUUCUUCCCACAUUUUUCGAUUCGAUUGUCUAAUUCGAAGUAAUUAUUUUUAUUUUUGGGGUAUGAUUUUUUUGUGUAUGUGUACAUCUCAUGGUUUGAUUUAUUUACAUGGUGUGUAGUAGGAGUAGGGAAUAGGGUUUCAUUAGGUUCUUCGUAGCUCAAUGUAUCUCAAGGACAGCUUUGUAACAUAAUGCAUCCGUAUGCAUUCGUGGGAUCGAAAUUAGUAUACAGUUAUGAUCCAUUGAAAUACACCGAUCCAACGAUAAAUUUCAUA